AGAAUUGUACUAUGGUUUAAUUUAACUUUUAACCAUAUAAUCAGUUGUACCUGAAACUAAAAAUUCCAAGAUAUCAACUCUCUUUAGUCACAAAAAAAAAAAAAAAAAUUGCUCUCUCAUGGAUUUCUCUGCUGUUUCUUCUGCCCUCAAAGCAAUCGGCGAGCUAACACAAGAAGUCACAUCCUUGUGGGGCGUCGAUGACCAAGUUGAGAGCCUAGCAAGUGAGCUGAGAUGGAUGCAAAGCUUCUUGAAAGUGGCAGACGCAAGAAAAGUUGAUCAUGAGGUGAUACGUACCAGCGUUGUUGAGAUCAGAGAGUUGGCCUACGAUGCUGAAGAUGUGAUCGAGAUGUUUGCCUUCAAAGUUGCUUCCAAAAGGAAAGGUGGAUUUUCAAAUUGCAUCAAAAGAUGCGCUUGUUUCCUCAAAGAGGGAUGCCUGCUCCACCAGAUCAAGUCAGAGAUUGAGAAAAUCACAGCCAAAAUCAAAGAAUUGGCUCGACAAUUGCAGAUGUAUGAUGUAUCAAAGUUCGAAGUUGAUGGAGAAAGACCAAGUUCUUCAACUGUAAGGCUGGAGGCAAGGCGGCCUUAUCCUCAUGUUAUGGAUGAUAACAUUGUUGGAUUGGAUGAUGACGUCAAGAAAUUAGUCACAGUUCUUCUCAAUGAGCAAAGUGAAUGUAGGGUUGUCUCCAUAUGCGGAAUGGGUGGUCUGGGCAAGACCACACUUGCCAAGAAAAUAUAUCAUCACAGCCAAGUUGUUGGUCAUUUCAAGCACUUGGUUUGGGUAUAUGUUUCUGAAAACUGUCAAAAAAGAAAAGUUUGGGAAGAUAUUCGCUCUGAUCUUCCCAGCUUAAGUGAAGAAGACAGGAAGAUGAAUGAUGAAAAAUUAGCAAAUACGUUAUCUAGUUUCUUUGAGGAAAACAAAUGUUUGGUGAUACUCGAUGAUGUUUGGAACAUCGAGGCUUGGGAUAGCUUAAAACCAGCAUUUUCAACAAGAGAGACGAAAAGCAAGAUCUUACUCACCUCUCGGAAGAAGGAGAUAGUUGCACACGCCGACAAAAAUGGUUUCUUAUAUGAGUUGCAGGAGCUAGACUACAAUCAGAGCUGGGAACUAUUUCAAAAGAUUGCUUUCUCCCAAACAAAUUCUCCAGGCUAUAAAAUUGAUGCGAAAAUAAAGGAGUUAGGAGAGGACAUGGUUAAACACUGUGCAGGGCUUCCAUUAGCCAUCAUUAUAUUAGGAGGAAUUUUGGCUACAAAGUAUUCUUCAUUAACUGAAUGGCUGAAGGUAUCUGUAAAUGUGAAAUCAUACUUCAAGAACGAUAAAGGUCAAGUACUAAAAGAUGUGUUAUUAUUAAGCUAUGAUGAUUUGCCUCCCUAUUUAAGACCAUGUUUCCUUUAUUUAAGCCAAUUUCCCGAGGAUUAUGAGAUACCUGUGAAUAGAUUGAUUCAGUUAUGGAUUUCCGAAGGAAUUGUUUCAUCAAAGCAAGAAGAAGGAGAUGAAGGGCUAAUAGCGGAAGAUGUGGCUGAAGGUUAUUUAAUGGAGCUUGCAGAAAGAUGUAUGAUUCAAGUACGAGAAAGAGACAUUGCAACCUUAAAGAUGAGAAGUUUUCAGAUGCAUGAUCUAAUGAGAGAUGUUUGCUUGUCAAAGGCAAAACAAGAAAAAUUCUUCGAUAUUGCUGAUCAGUCAAAUGCCCGCCAGUUAUCCACAAUUGGGAGGGUUCGCAGAGUUUCUGUACACGAAUAUUUUCCGAUCCAAUGCUUUAAAAGUCCACGUCUUCGAUCAAUUUUGCUCUUCGAUGAGUUUAUACCGAAGGAAAUGGAAGAGUCUGUCGAUAUAUGGAUAUGUUAUAUUUGUUGUAGGGUGGUAAUUAAUUCAUUGAGUGGAAGUUGGAAAUAUAUGUUCAAUAAUUUUAAUUUUCUUCGAGUGUUAGAUUACGAAGGAAGAGAAGGAGCACAAAGCAAGUUACCCAAUGACAUUGGUAAACUCAUCCAUUUAAGAUUCUUGAGCCUAAGGGAUUUGAGGUUCUUGAAUUCAAAGUUGCCAUCAUCUCUAGGCAACUUAAGGUGCUUGCAAACAUUGGAUUUAAGAAUCGACUGGUCAUACUCUAUUCAUGUACCUAACUUGUUAUGGAGGAUGCAGCAACUAAGACAUCUAUAUCUCCCCCAGCAAUGUAGUCGUAAAACAAAGUUGAAGUUGGGUACAGUGAAAAACCUCCAAACACUAGUCAACUUCAACACCAAGAAUUGUUAUGUAAAGGAUCUUAUCAACAUGACAAACCUUAGAGAGUUGGAGAUUCGAGGGUCCUUCAAUAUUGAAGAUUUUAACACGGAGGAGUUGCACAAGAAUCCACCUAUCAUCCAAAGUAAAUAUCUUCAUUCCUUGUCUAUUAUCAAUGAUGAAGGAAGAAUAGAUCCAAGACAUUUGGCACACCUCCUUUUGAGUUGCGAAAACAUUUCUAAGUUGAGGUUAGAUGUGGAGAUAAGAAGGUUACCAGAGUACCACUACUUGUCUUCAAAUCUCGCUUACAUAAAGUUGAGAAGAUGCAAGCUUGAGGAAGAUCCAAUGCCAACACUUGAGAAACUGCUUUACUUAAGGAUGCUUGAAUUACAUGAAGAGGCUUUCAUAGGAAAGGAAAUGUUUUGCUGUGGACAAGCUUUUGCUAAACUUGAGUCUCUAAGCCUUAAGGGGCUUAACAAUCUGGAGGAGUGGAAGGUGGGUGAAGAAGCCAUGGCUUCUCUUCAACGAUUGGAGAUACAAAAAUGCAGACAGCUAAAAAAGCUUCCAGAUGGACUGAGGUUCAUUGCAACCCUCCAAGAACUGAAGAUUGAAUCAAUGCCAAAGACAUUCAAGGAUAAAGUGGAAGAAGGGGGAGAAGAUUACUGCAAAGUCCGACAUGUUCCUUCUAUCAUAUUCCAAGACUGCGAGUGAUAGUAAUUAUGAUUAAUGCCAGGAUUUGUCAUUUGAAUUAAAAGUGGUAGAAAAUGUUUUCAAUAGGGUGUUAAGCACGUUGGUGAUGGUCAGCAGAUGCAAUUUGGAAGAUUGAAAUUAACUGGCAUUGUCUUUUAUUUCAAGUGAAAAAAGGUGUUGUCUCAUCUUUUGUUCUCCAACAUGAUUCUUCAACUACUUCAUAUGAUAUUGACAUUUUUAAACUUUUCCUCUUGAGGUAUAGAAGCCAUUGCCAUUUUUUUUUUUUUCUGCUGCUGUUCUCCAUGGGACCAAAUGUAAUUUAGAAAGGUUGUAACAGUACUGUGUGAAAUUGUGUACGUGAUGUGAGAGCUUUGUAUAGUAAAAUUGGAGAGUGGAAAUUAUCUUGUAGUUUUUA